UCACCAUAUGCCGACCACAAACCAAACAUAGUCAAACAUAAUAACACCUUUUUAUUACCGAUCUCCUCCACCAUACCAUGAGCUCCAAUUCCAAUAAUCAAGGCCGCAUGCGGUCGUGGCAGACGAAGGAAUCUCGUCACUACUGUGCCGUGUGCAAUGUGUGGAUGGGCAAUGAUCGUCAAUCGAUCUUGUUGCACGAGAAUGGAAAGAAACACAAGGAAAAGGUGGAAGAGUCCUUGAAGGAACGCCGCGACAACCAGGCAGCGUCCGACAAGCAAGCAUCGCAGUUGCAAUCGAGUCUCAAGGCCAUGGAAGCGGCGGCUCUACAAUCCAUGGCGACGGGACCGGAUAGUCUCUAUUUUGAUACCACUGCCACAUUGGCCAGUCGCGGCGCCGUAGUGCCAGCCUAUGGAGUAGUGCCUGCUCCAGUUUCAGCUUUAGUACCUCCUCCACCUCCUUCACAGCAAGCCAAGCAGCCUUCGAAAAAGAAGGAAAUGAAAGAUUGGAAUGCUCGCAAAAAGCAACGACAAGAUGACAAACAAUCUGGCAAAGACGAUGACGACGACAAUGACAACAACAACAAUCAGCCAGGAAGCAACUCGACUGCCAAACGCACCAUUGCCCCUAAUCAAGGUCACUACACUCUGGAACUGGAACAUGACAAUGAUGAUACUAUAGAGCAAAAGACAUACUUGGAAGCCACUACGUUUGCCGAAAUUCUAGAAGACGAAAUGCCCAUUCAAAUCUGGUUGGGCAGUCAUUUGGCCAGUAGUGAAGAAAAGAGAUUGCGCCACCAUCAAUCUCUCUGGAUCAAUGGACUCGUCGUGGCCGUGCGCAAGAAUACCAAACAAACGUCGCAAGAAGAAGAAGAAGAUCGCAUGGUCGUAGAUGUCGUCUACCUCAAAAAUCCCGAAACCGACACGGAAGAAACCAUGGAACGCAGUGUUCGACUGCCUCGCAUUCGCAUUGUUUUGGGAGCAUCCGACAGUAUUCCCGAAACUGUGGAAGAAGCACGAAUUUUAGCCCUGGGAGGAGAAGAAGUGCAAUUGACAUCAUCAGAACAACAACAACAAUCUGCCAUAAUUGACGAAGCGACGGGCUUGUCGGGAUGGUCCACCGUCACCAUUAAGCGCACCACGGUCCAUCAACAAGCCCGCGAAGAACGGGCGCGAGAACGAGGUCGCGAACGACAAGCCAAACGCAAGGCUGACAAUGCCCAAAAGGAAGCCGAAACGAGAAAAAUGGAAGAAUCCAAAGUCCAGAAUGCCGAAGAUUCCGCAUUGGGAGCCUACGAUGUAUGGGGGCACAAGGGUGGCUAUAAGGGAGUCGAUAUUCAUAAAGAAGAAGCGGUCGUGGUGCAAACCAAGAAAUUGGCAGGAGCCGGAGAAAAAGUGGCAUUCAAAAAGAAAAACAAGGCGAAUAGCAAAUUCAAAAUGGGAGCCAAGAACAAACGAAACCGAAGAACCACGUCGGCAGAUGAUGAUUAGUGUAGUUAGUAGGGUGCAGUUUCUUGGUUAUGCUAACAUUUUCUCUUCUUCGCCUGGACCGAAAAUUGCCUUGCACUCAAUAGUAGAAAUCCACCCACCGCAGCGGGCUUUGAUCGUUUCUAAUUGUUUGUACCGCUCACAGUCGCAGUUUACGCUACGGUAGGGGAAGUAACAUUAGGUCAAAUAAAGAUGCGUUUCCACCAAAAUAGACGCCGGAUUUCUCUGCCUAUCAGAUCAGACCAAAAUAGACCCCGGUUUUCUUUGCCUACCAAAUCAGACUAGCUAUAUGGCUGGAGUGGACGCCGGAUUCCUUUGCUUAUCAGAAUGUUGCUAUAUGGUUAGAGGGGACUAUGGGUGGGAGAGGUCGAGCAAGAGCAGCAUUGGAUCUGGUCUCACCGACCUCAACGUUUACUCCUCUUUGGUUUCGACUCGGUGUCGUCGAUGCUUCCACGCUUCUUCUCUUUGUCGUCAACCUUUUCAUUGGCUGCCUCCUCGUUGGCGGCGUUUUCAUCUUGCGAUUCUCCUCGACGACGACGAAAGAUGUAGACAAAGGCAUCCUCCAACACGCGAAAGGAACGUUUGGCCACGGAACCAAUCCGGAUAGCUUCCUCCGCUUGGGCUUGGGUGAUAUGUGGAUUUCCCUUCGCCUUGGUUCGGAAAUAUCGGUCCAGUCUUUCAGGACUGGUGACCACCUCUAAAACCGCCACCUCAUCACCGUCGCCUUUUGGAACCACCACAGCACCCACUAGUUCCAACCGUUCAUCCAUAAAGGCAAUCUUGGCAUCCGAAUGGGAAUCAUCGACGAGGAGCAGUCCUUCGCCAGGGGUCAGAUAGGGGACACAGGCGGUGGACACGACACCCGCGCUCAAAGAAAUGAGGCAGUCGUAGGAAUCUUUCUUGAAUUUGCCCUUGGGCAAGGGUUUCGUAAAAUCGGCACAGGUGAACGUGUAUGCGGGAGACGACUCGUAUCCCGCAUUUUCCAUAACCCAUUGGCGACAAACGUCAUCCUCGUAGACAUCAGCCACUUUGCGGUCGGAAUCCACAUAGUCCACAUGCGGCCACACCAGCGAGGCGGAGAGAUGACGGUGGCAUCCUGGAUACAACACCUUGUCACAGCCAAAGGCGGCCUUGAUUUUGCGGAACACCUCAAUGUACCCAUCCGGCUUGUCCUUCUUGCGGUAGCUUCGCUUGUAGGCUGUCCAGGCCGCGGAUUUGAGAGGUUUGUUGGUGGAAGCCAUGGCGGUUCUUGGUGUCGUCGAGCACUCUACGGGGGCUGGUACCUGCAGCAGCAGAACGAAGAGGGCAAUGAGGAGCCUCCACAUGAAUACUACACGAUGGAAUGAAGCCACAUCAAAGAGCAUCGAAGGCGGGUUCAAACGGGAAGGUGUGGAAGAUCCUGAGCAUUCAUUCGUGUGCAGGUUUCAAUCCUUUCAUACGUGGAUACAUAUUUAGAGUUACCGGUAGGCGCGGCCGUGCCUCAGACCUGCAUUCGAGAGAGGG